AUGAGUGAAAAACCUCUAAUACCACAUGCGGAUUCUCCACAUGCGAAGCAGCCUUACAAAGCUCUUCGAAUGAGAGCUCGGUCACCUAAACCAAUAGGAAGGAAGUGGAGGAAAACAAAAGUUACGAAAAAAACCUCUUACAAAGCUCUCCUCAUCAGAGCUCAGUCACCUGAAACUUUUCAGGAGAAUUCAACAGACAGUGAAGCAACCAGUUCAAAAGAUUUAGAAGUGAAGCCGAGGAAAAACAGUUCUGCGAAGGGGAAAAGUAUAUCAAACAAGAAAAACUCUUCCAAAAAGACCAUGUCACGGGAACUAGAUGUUACCCAGACAGCUCGAGAGUCACACAACAACAGAGGAUCAAAGAAGAACAAUUCUGAUGAAGAUAUUAUGUCAAACGAAUCAGAAGCGGAGUUUUCGAAGGAAGAAGCAUGA